CACCAUGUCGCAAAAGGCAGCUAACAUCCUGAAACUGUUCGACCGCCCUACCGAACCUUCUUUCAUGCCGAAGGGUAAUGACAAUACAGUCUUUGAAGCUCCUUCCAAGUACCUUAAUGACCGUUUCAAACCGAUAAAGAGCGACCUGGAGAACCGAUUCGGUUCCUCUAACAAAAUCCAAGUUAAGGACAUCAACUUGCCCGACCUCUCCCUGCCUGAGAUGCUUCCUCGCAGGUCCAACUUCUCCCUCUUUAUCCCGUCUCACCGGAAGAUGGCAGCGCGGAUGAUCGAGGUCUUCGUUGGAAUGAGAUCCUUGGAUGACUUCAUGGCUGUUGCCGUAUACUGCCACGAUCGAAUGAACCCUUACAUGUUCAUAUACGCCUUGUCUGUUGCCAUCCUCCAUAGACCAGACACUCAAGGAUUGCGGAUACCUUCCCUUUGUGAAGUGUUUCCUGACAAAUUUAUGGAUCGCGCCUUGUUCUCUCAGGCGAGGGAAGAAUCAAACUUAGUACCUGAAGAAUCGAGGAUUCCAUUAGAAAUUCCUAGAGAUUACACAGCCUCCGAUCUCGACAUUGAACACAGAGUGGCAUAUUUCAGAGAGGAUUUAGGAAUCAAUCUACACCAUUGGCAUUGGCAUUUGGUUUAUCCAUUUGAUGCUCCUCGUGAAAUAGUCAACAAAGAUAGGAGAGGAGAACUUUUCUUUUAUAUGCAUCAGCAAAUUAUGGCUAGAUACAAUAUGGAGAGGCUCUGUAACAACCUCGCACGUACCAAAAGAUUGGUGAACUGGAGGGAUCCUUUGGAAGAAGGGUAUUUUCCUAAAUUGGACAGUUUGGUUGCUAGCAGAGUGUGGCCGCCUAGGUUUGCAAAUACUAAGCUCAACGAUGUUUAUAGAGAAAUAGAUCAAAUCAAAUUCGACCUUCAAGAUUUGGAAAGAUGGAGGGAUAGAAUAUAUGCUGCAAUCCAUAGUGGAACCGUAGUAAAUGAUGAAGGACAGUUCGUGGAGCUAUCAGAAACUCGAGGUAUUGACAUUUUAGGAAAUAUCCUAGAAUCUAGUAUUUUAUCAAUCAACACGAACUUGUACGGUGACAUUCAUAACCUCGGCCAUGUCGCUAUAGCGCUUUGUCAUGAUCCAGAUGGCAGAAAUCUUGAAACAUUUAGCAUAAUGGGAGACCCAGCUACGGCCAUGAGAGAUCCUAUCUUCUACAGGUGGCAUGCCUUCGUCGAUGACAUAUUUCAAGAACACAAAAACACACUACCACGUUAUACUCAGCAACAGCUCGAAUAUCCGGGAGUAAAAAUAACUUCCAUCGAAGUACAAACAGACGGGCAGGCCCCCAAGAACAGACUUCAAACGUUCUGGCAACAGAGUGAUGUCGAUCUGUCGCGCGGUAUGGAUUUUACACCGAGGGGCAAUGUUUUCGCAAGAUUUACACAUCUCCAGCACAGACCAUUUACCUAUAAAAUUCAGGUUGAAAACAACGGCGGCCCAAAGAUGGGAACUUGUAGAAUCUUCAUGGCUCCUAAAUUUGACGAAAGAGGCCUCCCCAUGCUUUUCAGAGAUCAAAAGCUCCUCUUCGUUGAGUUGGAUAAAUUUACUGUUAACUUGAAGGCAAACAAGAACACGAUCACUCGUAAAUCUACCGAAUCAUCUGUGACGAUCCCAUUCGAAAGAACUUUCAGGAACUUAGACGCUGGAAGGCCUACAGAAGAAGGUGAGUUGGAGGAGUUCAACUACUGCGGGUGCGGCUGGCCGCAGCACAUGCUCAUCUGCAAGGGCACUGCCGAAGGCUUCCCGUGCGAGCUCUUCGUCAUGAUUUCCAACAUUGCUGAUGACAGGGUGGAACAAAAGGGAAGCCAGGGCCAGUGCAGCGACGCAGCUAGCUAUUGCGGCAUCAGGAACCAGCUUUACCCCGACCGGCGCUCCAUGGGGUACCCCUUCGACCGUCUUCCUCGGCAAAGGGUGGACACACUUCGUCAAUUCCUAACACCCAACAUGAUGGUCGUCGACGUCGCCGUCCAACACACAAACCAGGUCGUAGAGCGCCAGUCUCAGUCUCAGCCUCCAGCCAGGAGGAAUUGAAAGUAACUAAGAUUUUACGUGCAACAAUAAUAAUACAAAACCACUUA